AUGCAGGUUCCAACCGUCACUCUUGAAGACCUCCAAGCCUUUCAAGCAGCCCACUUCCCCGGCCACCACCAACCUCUGCACGCGCCCACGGCAGAACCUGUCGUCGAAGACGAGCUCUACGCCGACGAAGAUGACCUCGGCUAUUAUCCGGACGGCGUGAAGCGCACCUUAACGGACGAACAAAUCCGCAUCUUCAGACACAGCGAGAUCCACGCCCUACUACGCAAGAGACAGCUGGAGCAGGAUGAGGCGGAGUAUGAAGCCCGGGCUCGGAAGUUAUCUGAUGAUACUGUGAAUGCUGAGGUAGAGACUCGCCGGGAAGAGCCAGUCCCUGAUGAGGGGAAUGUGGUUGAUGAGCAAAAUGUGCACCACGCAGCUCAUGGCCAGGGUCAGGGCCAUCGGUCCUCCGGCGGAGCUAAGUCGAAGAAAAGGGGUCAUCGCGAAACGCGCAAUGAGCCGGAGCAGACUCUUGAUUAUGAAGAUGUCGAUCAGAGCCCGGCUCCAAGGGCGCGCCCGACUGACCCGCGUGCACCGUAUCCUGGACGGAGAAUCAUCUCGUACGAGGAUUAA